AUGGCAAAUAUAUUUCGCACUCGCGAUCCUAUACUGCCAGGUCCUGGUGCACACAUACCCACUACGUUUACUCAGGUUCCUAUGCAGAACCUCGCUCCAGCGGCAAGUACCCUUAGUAACGCAUCGGUAACCGAUAAGGAAAAGUUCGUGAAAGCCUGGAAGUAUGAGGGCUACAAAGAGUUUGGAAAGUGGAUGGCUUCAGACGACGACUUUUUUGUGUUUCGGCGCUUUGAGAGUCUAAAUGCGACAACAAUAGCGUACUUGCAGUACCGGAUCUCGGAGCUCGAACGAACAUUGGAAGAGAUUCAUGAGGCGAAUGAGCAGGACGAAAAGGGGAAAAACUCCAGCUUCAAAUGGGAUGAGAAAUAUCAACAGGACCGCUUCCAAAUCAUGAACGAACUCUCGUGUCUACUCCUACAUUACAAUCAAUUUAUCGACGCAUUCUCCAAGAUACGUAAACGCCCACGAGCAGAAUCCCGUCAAGUGGACUAUGCCGAAAACUGGCUGAAGCGUGGUGCCAUCACCGCGUCAGAAACACGUUUCGUCAAACACAAGAGCGAUUUGAUAUCGAUCAAUGAAAGAGUUCGUCCACCACUAGGCCGCUGGCUAGAGGCGUGUCGUUCCCUACACACAUGGCGAAUCUUCAAGGCGAAGUUUGUAGAGGACCUGCAUGUCCAAUCGGACGCUACAUCCUACUCUAGCGACCAUGCCUUCGAGAGCUUCACCACACUCAGCAUAAUAGCCUUAGGACUUUCUAUGCUACUUGCGCCUUUAUGGUGGAUGCAGAAUGUUCCUAACAACAACGAUCGGCUGGGGAUUAUUACGGGGUUCGUGAUCCUCUUCACUUUACUAGGGACAGGCGCGACCAUCAAUAGGCCUUUCGAGGUGGUGGCAGCGACUGCGGCGUACGCGGCGGUGCUUAUGGUGUUUAUGCAGAUUGGGGGUAAAUAG